CAUCAGGAGCGAUUCUCAAAGGCCCCGUACGCACACGUCUUUUGCGCGCAACUACCUACCCACGAUGCAGCGCGGUAGCACACAACAUAGCCAUCUUGUCAAGAGUGACUGAGUGAGGGAGGCAACUGUAGACGCUGUUUAGAUUAUCAUUUGUUUUUGUUUUUACGCGUCAAAUUUAAGAGCUCCUUUCUCCCUCGACUGUAGUUAACGUCGAAGUGAGUGUCGCCAGCGAAUGACUUUGAGCUUGUGAAGUGAGAGGCUACGCAGCGCUGGUUUUGGGAGGAUGUCUCACAUACUUGUUCCGACGUAGGGGGAGUGUGCAGCAGCCAGUUGGCUUGAAUUGUUAGCUAGCUCGGUGAGUGGAGGGCUACGGGCCCUCCUCAGCUUAAAGUAGCCCCUGCAGCAGGGCGACCCACUCUGCGACAACGGCCGUUAGUCAACUGGACAACCAGGACGUUAGCGGGCCGAGAGCUGCGGAUCAGACGUCGUACGGGCUGCUGAUAACCGCGUCUGAAGCCUUUCUGCUGGACAAGACGACACGAAGUGUUGCAUUACGUUAUGAGCUCUUGAAACGCAACAGGAGUCCGAGAGAGGAAGAGGAUGGCGCAGAUACAUCUUGAUUACAGUUAGGUAGGCUAAAAGAAAAUAGCUCCGGGUUUGCUGUUUAUUAUGCUCUAAGCUUUUUAAAAGCUCCAGUCAGCUCGCCCCUUUUUGACUGAGGAUAAACAUAGCCAUACGGGACUUGGAUUCAGGCUGUCAAUAUGUCGAAAAUGCCGGCCAAGAAAAGGAGCUGCUUUCAGAUCACAAGUGUGACUCAGGCCCAGGUGGCGGCUGUAGGUACCGCCGACGACGCGGAGAGUCUGGACGAUCCAGACGAGUCACGGACUGAGGAUGUGUCGUCGGAAAUCUACGACAUGUCACGGGCAGAUUAUGAACCUGCGUGUGACAGAAGUUCAUCCGAGGAAGCCCUGAAUAAUGUUGUAGAGCCAGAGGCGGUCAGUGCAAUGCCACCAUCAAGCGUACCUCAUGGCAGUCAGCUGUCAGCGCUGUCGAGCAAUCCCUCUGUGGACUUUCGAAAAGUGGGAGUGUCUGGUUCAAGUCAAGGUGGUCAGCAAGUAUCGGGGAUUGGCCUUGGAACUGGUUUACCCCUUAUCACCCAGGCUGGGCCAGUACAGCAGCAGCAGCCUGCUUCUGCAGUCAGCGCUGGGCCAGCCAGUGCGUCAGUGAACACAUCCCAACCUGCUGCAGUGACCAGUUCGGCUCCUCCUCCUUCCACCUCCACGGUGAGUUGCUCUUCACGGUUCAGGGUCAUUAAACUUGAUCAUGGUACUGGAGAACCGUUUCGACGAGGCAGGUGGACAUGUACAGAGUUUUAUGAGAAAGACUCUGAGAGCUCUGUUGGUCGGACUGGGGAUAGCAUGAGACAUGCCAAUGCAACACUGGACCCUGCUGCAGACAGAGACAGUGGGCUCGGACUUACAGGAGGAUCUGUGGCAACAUCUGCAACACACUCAAGUCAUGGCUUGGGCUCCAUGGCAGACGCUUCUCUCUCUUCUAGUCGUGUGCAUUCAGUGGAGGUACAACCACCACAGCAGCAGCAAAUCCACCAUCAAAACUACAGUGCCCACCAACAAGCUGUGAGUGGGUCGGCCACACACAGUACUUUCUCCAGGACUGCGGCUGUCCCAGCUCAGCCGGCAGUGGGAGGUCUGCAGCCUCUUGCUGCCCAGAACCUGCUUCCUGUCGAGCAAAACGGCCCGCCUCAAUCUGGGAUCCACAUACAGAAGUCCCCCAUCAUGCCUCCCUCUGCCCAGCCAACUCCUUACCCUCCUCAGCAGCAGCAGCAACAGCUUCCUUUGGGCCAACACCUGACCAGCCAAUCACCUGGACUGAUGCAGAAUCAGACUGAGUACUAUCAACAGCAACAGCCUGCAUCCCUGCCACCAGGGCUUGCCUCAGGCCAGUCCCUCCAAGUGUCCAGCCAGGGACAAGGACCUAUUUCGGUUAUGCCUACAGCCUCUGGAGGGGCAUCUGUGCCAAGUCAGGUUGGAGAUGUUACUGGAGCAGGAGGAGGACCUGCAUCUGCUGGACAGCCAGCUCCAGCUGUCUUGCAGCAGCAGACUGUAGGGAUGGGAGCUGCUGGAGGCUCCAUAUUGAUUGGUGGAUCCACUCUGAAGCAGCAGACUGUGAAUCCUUAUGCCAGCGCUGGACAGCCUCAAGCCCAUGGCCAUCCUCCGUCCUCUGGUGUACAAAACGUGCCUGCCAUUGCAGUGAGUUCCAGUGUGCCCCCCACUCUUCCCACUGCUAUGCCCAGUGCCUCCAGUGCAGCAAAGCCAAAUGUGACAACCCCGAGUUUGCCUCCUGGUCAGAUACCCCACAGCAAGACUACAGUGGCUUUGGGGCCACAGGGCCUCCCAGGGACUGGAUUUGGUCAGGUGGAGGCUGGUGGUGGAAGGAAGUCAGAGGGAAUGAUCAAUGCACAGUCUCCAAUUAUCUCCGUGAAGGAACCGGCGAAGCCCUUCAUGCCUGAGAGCCUGCAGCUCACCACUCCGACUGUCAACAGCAUAUUUGCAAUCCACAUACCUGUCGACGGGGAGGAGGACAGUGCCUCUGGAACCAAUGUUGUUGCCAUUGAUAAUAAAAUUGAACAGGCGAUGGACCUGGUGAAAAGCCAUCUGAUGUAUGCAGUGCGUGAAGAGGUGGAGGUCUUAAAGGAGCAGAUCAAAGAGCUGUUCGAGAGGAACUCUGUGUUGGAGAGGGAGAACGCCGUGCUGAAAUCUCUGGCCAACAGCGAGCAGCUGUCUCAGCUGUCCACCCAGUCGGCCAGCAGCUCGGGCACCACGGCUUCCCAGCAAGGGCUCAGCCAGCCUCAGCAGCCAGCCCUGCCGCCGCUUCAAGUUCAGCCUCAGCCUCAGUCGCACCCCCAGCUUCAGCACAACCCCAAACCCCAGCAGCUCCAGACUCAGCCGCAGCUCGAUCCUGGUCAACAACUGCAACCCAACGUCACCUCUGCUUGAAAGUGCAUCAAAAGAACAAAACACACACAAAAAAAAAAAAAAACAGCAUCUUCUCUACAACUUAUUACAAUUAGUGUAUGUGAAAU